AUGGCUAUUCAACGUCUAGUAGCUAGAGAUGAUCAGUCCAAUGCCCUCGCCAUCGGCCGUCAACUUCGCCGCGACAUGACACCCGACGAAUGCUAUCAAUGCGAAUCCGCCUAUCAAUACGUACGACAAAUGCAACGAAACGAAAAGCUUUGCGCAGGCGAUGCCUUUCACGACUUAUAUUCGAUCUGCGUAGGAUGCAUCGAAGAUAAUAUCGACUCAGGAAGUCCAAGAGACUAUGUUGAACCAAACUUAGGCCGAUACGUCGACUAUUGUGCGCAGUUCACUUCCUUCACCAAAUGGGCUGCGAUGGGAGCUACUUCGGCGACUUCGGCUACUAUUCAGACUCGGAGUACAACCGCCACUUCGGCUGCGGAAACAGACGGUGGACGCACGAGUGACACGAACAUUACAGAUAGAACUGUAGAGCAGACAGAGACAUCGGUACCUGUUUCUAGCACCAACACUAUGCCGCAAACGACAACGGAAGUCACCCAAUCUAGAGAGUCAGCCAGUUCAUCAGCUACUCCUAAGAAGGAUAACCCAAGUUCCAGUAAAGCGUGGGUGGCUGGUGCUGUUGUCCCUUCUGUACUCCUUCUUGCUGUGGUUGCUACAUUUGCGAUCUGGUGGCGAAGGCGGCGAAACAGAACACAAAAAGGCCCCAGAACUCCUCAUGUAGACGAGGUAGCCGGUACGUCAGGCUUUGAUAAGCCGGAGCUUGAUUCUCUGGGCAUUGCGCAACCAAAAAGCAAACAAGAGGGCAUAGUGAGUACGAGUAUCGCUGCACAUGAUACUGCCGUCUUACCAGUACCUAAUGAGAUGCCUGAGAAUGGUUUGAGCAGAGUAGAGCUUCAUGGUGAAGCAACAGGAGGCACAGGACACAGCCACGGCUCCGGGCCUUACUAUGAGCUUCCAGCCACCGGAGCCACGGUAUAUGAAUUGCCUUCAAAGCCAUGCCAACCAUAA